AUGUUGAUCGGACAGGAGCGGACAGGAAAAACUAGUCUCAAAAAGUCCUUAAAAGGAGAAAAUUUCAAUGAAGAAGAGGAAAGCACAGUCGGAAUAGACACUGACUCUUUAUACUUUAAAGUAUCAAAAGAGAUUUGGAAGAGCGGAAAGGUGAAGGAAGAAGUAGAAUUUGAGCCAGAAGAUCAAUUUGAACACCUUGCAGCAGCGAAAGUGAUCAGUGAAUUUUUAAGGAAACAAAGGGAAAAUUUAACGGGGUUUCAGCAAAAGUCAGAUUCUGACUCAGAGUCAGAUUCAGAGUCUGAGUUAGAGUCUCAUGAUGGAUCAAGCACAAACAUUUCUCGUUAUGGCUCAACUAAGCCCUCAAGAAAUAUCGAAUCUUCACACGGAAAAUUGCCCGAGGAAGUAGCCAGGCUGGUUGAAAAAAUGCUUCAAGAGGAGGAAAAUGCAAACCAUGAAGACUACAUCUACUCAGUUCUAUGGGAUUUUGGCGGACAGUCAGUAUACUACGAAACCCAUCCAAUUUUCCUUACGGAGAAAGCUAUCUACAUUUUGGUGUCUGACUUAAGUCGUGAUCCAGACAAGAAUGCCAUCCCGCCUGUCAAAACAGGACUUUUCGAGAACAAAGUGGACAGUGACUGCAGUAAAACAAACCUUGAUCAUCUGGACUUUUGGAUGUCAUCAAUUUAUUCCUUGGUAAGUGCAGAUGUUCGAAGCUCUCAAGAGACUGCUCCGAAUGUUGUGCCACGGAGGCUUCCCCCAGUAUUCCUGGUAUGCACCCAUGCUGACGUGCCGUUUGAUGGAUCUAACGCAAGAGACCUCGCUUUAAAAACGUACGGCUUUCUGCAGCACAAGACCUACAAGGAACAUCUGUAUAAAGAUGUUUUCGUCGUGGAUAAUACAAAGUCUGGCAGUGAAGAAGAAUGUACUGAAGUUAAACGGCUGAGAGAAGAGGUGCUUGCUGUUGCGAAGGAACUGCAACUGACCAAAGAAGAAAUUCCGGUGAAGUGGUUGAGGUAUGAAAAUAAGCUUCGCAAAAAGCAUGACAAGUGGAUAACACGUGAAGAAGCCAAGUGGAUUGCAUUUGAAGACUGCGGGAUCCAAGAAGAUGAUGAGUUUUCCACUUUGUUGAACUUUUUGCAUGAUCAGAGAGUUGUGAUUCAUUUUAGUGGCUCUCCAGAGUUGGAAAGGAUGGUGAUAUUAGAUCCUCAGUGGCUUGUUGAUGUCCUCAAAAACGUAAUCAGUGUAAGACGUUUUAAACACACGGAGCAUCCUGUCAAAGACCUGUGGAUACAACUUGAAGAAACCGGAAUCUUGGACGAAAAGCUCAUUGAUCAUGCUUGGAGAGACUUGCUCGACAACCAAGAAAGUCACAAGAGCCUCAUUGCCAUCAUGGAGAGAUUAAGCUUGAUUUCCCCCUGGCCGUCAUCUAAAGACAGUAAGCAGUACCUUGUACCGUCCAUGUUGAUGUCACCCCCAACAGAUGACGUCCUACAGCUUCUCGACUCUGUAACCGUUCCAUCUCUUUUUGUAACAUUUGCAUCAGGUCGAGUGCCUCCUGGUCUAUUCUCCCGACUUAUCCUUCAUUUCUUCCAGUGGUGUGGUGAAGAAUGGAAGAGCAAAGUGAGCCCAGAGUUGUUUCAUAAUUUUUCCAUGUUUCACAUUCUUCCAGACCGAGGUAUCUCCGUUAUUUUUUGGUGCCAUUCCAUAGCCAUUGAAGUCGCCGUUUACAGCGGAGACAAUGACGAGAAAAGAGUCGAUAUAUGCCGUGCUGUUCACUGGAAAUUGAGGUUUAUACUCGAAUGCAUGCGGAAAGAGUUUCACUGGCUCAACAACGUGAAGUAUGAUAUGUGUGUCUGCUGCCCAGUCUGUUCUCGACCAGGGUCGGUAAAAUGCCGCGACCAUGACGUGCGUGGAUGUGAGUGUCUACACUUCUUGUCAGAAUCUGAUUUGAGACAGCGUCAACAUUGUAACAGACAAGGACGCAGUCUUCUUGGGGAUCGCAGGAUUCGGGUCAAGCAGUUUGAAUGUUGGUUCUUAGGCGGAGAAGAAGGGGAGGGUGCUGGAAUAUCCACGAAUCAGGUACGUUGCCAGUCCCAUCCUCUUCCUUGGGUUGAUAAGACGCUAAUACUUUUUAAGUUCAAUGAUAUUUUUAUAAACUGGUUUAAAAGUGGAUUUAAUUUGUUUUCUUAGCAGUUGCAAGCUCUUCACACAACAAGUCAUGGAGGUUCCCUCGGUGCGAAAGGCAUAUUUCCUAUAGAAGGUAAAGAUAGCUCUCUUUCAUGUCAUUAUAUCAUAAUAACAAUGUCGUACCUAAAGAAAGAGCCAACAAGGUCCCUUCUCGUAUAAGUUUAGGAGCAAUUUUAUUAAUACAGUUGUUUCUCCUGGAACAGACUUUUAACCAACUCAAAAUAUUUGAGUGUCAGCAAAAUACAUUCCGUCUACUCUCUCAUUUUUCAUUUAAUUACGUUAUUUCAAUUCGUUCUAAAUCAUUUUCAAGGAAAGAAAUGGAAAGAUCUUGCUCUGCCCGAGAGUAUCAAAACCUCCAUCCAGUCCAUUCCACUCAACUCAGGAAGUGAUGUUAAGGAUAUUGUGACUCAGUUUCAAGAAGCUCUGCAGUUAAAACCAGCAUCUUUGGCCAUUCCAGAGCCUGAGACGAAAAGUAUGAUUCGUGACCUCGCCCUGAGAGCUAAAUCUGAGAAACGGGAUGAUUUGGUGAGACACUUACGAGAUAUUACACCUGCUGGCACUACUGGUGAGUUUGAGAAGAUGAAAUUUUUUUCGCACUGGGGAGAGGGGAUAGGUUUCUAAGAUAUAAAGAAGUUCUCACACAAGCGUCCUCUCAAUGCACCAUUAAGUUAAUGUCGACGUGAGCCUGAUUUUAUUGUGAAGUUGCAUUUGCUGUUAAUGCCAUCUUGAUCUGCUUUAAUAUGUAUAUUGUUUGUCUUUUUUUUACGUAUUCUAAAAUAAAUUCAGCUAUAUUUAUCUUCUUUUUCUGUUUGUUUGUCUCUACAGGACCUUUGUUGAAUGAGGAUAUGUCAGUUGGUUGCAUGCCAUAUAAACAAUACGAGGAUUUAACGUUCAGCCUCUCGGGUAAGGAAUUAGGUUGGCGUCCGCACACCAAUUUAUUCAUAAACUUGUUUUAAUCUUUGAUUGAACUCAUAGGUUGUUGUCUCUCGACUCUGAAAAGGACUCUCGAAAAAACUCGGGCCUUAACAAGAUUCGAUUCUGCAGAUGCGUUUUCAGAUUAUAUUCCGGCUAGAUUAUUUUACAGUUAGCUAAAUUUCGUCCGCUUUCGUCAAAACCCUUUCCAGAAGGAUGAGCUGACAAUAAUUUAGACGAAAUUUGGAGGAUAUCGGGCUCUAAGAAAAUGUGAGCAAUUUUAAGUCAUUCAACCAUACGGUCUACAGGUCAAAGUUCUGUUUUUCAAUAGUAACACAGUUUAUAAAAGAGUAUAAUAUGUUUUUCUACGUAGGUGGAGACGAGUGGAAACUGUUGGCAGAAAGGUUGGGUUUAUCCCAAAUCCAGAUUCGCUUUCUAGACAAGAGAGUUACGAAUCCUUCUGACGUUGUCCUUAGCGCUGUGGGAAAGCAUCGCCACCUGAGUGUUGGAGAAAUCUAUGACACAUUAGUCGACUGCGAGCUACCAGCUAUCGCAGAUCUAAUGUAAAUUAGAAAAUGAAUACCGGAAGAAGGCGAGUGAUACAGCAAGAACCAGUGGCAAGAAGCAAGGUAGCGGCCGAAGACUUAUUUCCGAGAGAUCUGAGAGAAAACACAGUUCCUGAGUUUGGAGUCGAUAAAUUAUGCGUUGAGGUGCGACAGCAUCAUUUGAGCAGAUUUAUAGUUGCUCAUAAUUGUAUGUUUGUAAAGUAAGAAAAAAAAACUUUAAAUGUAGAUUUUCUUUGAAUUUAUAUCUUCGUUGUCCUUGCGUGUAGGUAUAUCAUAAACAUAAGGCCAUUAUGAAUUGAUUUGAAGUAGUUGUUGUAAUUGAAACGGAGGAACUACGUAAAAAGAGCCAAGGUUGAUUUAUCUCCACUAACAAAGGUAUAGCCUCGGAUAGGGCCUGGUAAAUAACAUGUAACAAUCUUCUAUAUAUUGGAGUCGUGGCCUUUAAUUCAAGUAUAUUUUCUGGCCAGUUAAAUGAAAUUUUUUAAAAGCACGAGUGAGUCUAAUUUCUCAUUUCCAGCGAAAAACAAUUUUAACAUUGUGAGGACAUGCUGAAAUAAUAUAGGUUUGCAUUACUUUUAUAUCCGCAUGGCUAUGGCCUUGGUGCUAAUUUUAAUCUUUCUGAGUUUUUUGUGCAUGCAAGUGAUUAAAGGAACAGUAACAACAAAUGUUCAUUUUAUCGGAAUAUUAUUACAACAUAAUAGCAGGGAUUUACGGCGCAGGGAAGGGAUGGGAUCCUCCGCUAAAUAGUUCAAAUAAAUAGCAUGCAAGACUCGUUUGAAAUCUAGUCGUAAGCAUCAAGUAUUUCCUUCCUAUUCAGAAAUGACAAACUUUCUUUAACCGCGGAGCUCGAAUGAAGUGACAAGGUUUCCUUGUGCAUGGAACAUCUCUGUAUUAGUAUCCAGCUUUCAUAUUUUGUUGACAAAUACACUGCUAGAAAACAAUGAUCUCGUAGGUAGUAAAACAUGUACACCAUGAAAUUCCCUUUUUGGUUUGAUAAAAGAAUAAGACGGUUUUUGUUUCAGAAAGAAAAAAACUCAGUUGAACAUUAGAUUAACCUUUCAGAUUGCAGUUAUUCAUCUAUAUCUUUAGAUAGAGAAAGACGUCUUGAGAGUGAAGUACACUAUUGAAAAAACAAUGAUUUGUUGUAGUAAGUAAUGCACACAGAAAUAUAUUCGAUCAUCGGUUGUGCAUGAAUUAGAUUUGAGUGUAACUGCUGUGGCAGCACAUUUUAUCUUUCGCUUGACCUAUAUGUGUAUGCUUUGUAUGCCAAAGUAAAGUCAAAAUAAAAUUGUG